CGCGCGCACAUCCCGAGGGCGCCCAGGGGGCGGCAGCCGGCUGCGGGGUGCCCAGGGCGCCGCUUCCACGUCUGCGCCCAGGGUUGGGACGGCACGCCCGGUUCGGGCGGAAAAAGUGGAGCCGGCAGGGGCUGCCCGACAGCUGCGAGCGGAGCCGCGAGCGCGGGCGGCGCCCGGAUGAGGAAACCGAGGCUCAGCGUGGUGACGUGACUUGCCCCGGAUCACAGGUCUAGAACCCAAAACUCCGCACUUGCAGGUUCUAAAAAGCCUUGAAGAAAUUGACAAAGCUGGAUGGCUACCCCUGAGAGGAGAGCGGUCUCUAGACUCCAGCGACCUGGCCGGGGACCGAAGGGGAGCAGGGCCUGCCUGGGUUCCCUGGACGACCUGGAGUGUAAGGACACCCAGGAGCUGGCACCGGGAGAGCUGGCCAUGCUGAGGAAGGCACAGGAGUUCUUCCAGACCUGUGAUGCGGGGGGCAAGGGCUUCAUUGCCAGGAGCGACAUGCAGAGGCUCCGUGAGGAGUUGCCGCUCAGCCUGGAGGACCUGGAGGAUGUGUUUGAUGCCCUGGAUGCUGAUGGCAAUGGCUUUCUGACCCCAGAGGAGUUCACCACUGGAUUUAGCCACUUCUUCUUCAGCCAGAAUAAGCCAAGUCAGGAAGAUGCAAGUGAACAGGCGGCUCAGCUCCGGGAAGAGAAGGUCUAUCAGUCCAGAGGGGAAGAGGAUCUGGGUGACAUGGGCGAGGAUGAGGAAGCCCAGUUCCAGAUGCUGAUGGACAAACUUGGAGCCCAAAAGGUUUUGGAAGAUGAGAGCGAUGUCAAGCAACUCUGGCUGCAGCUGAAAAAGGACGAACCUCAUUUACUGUCCAACUUCGAGGAUUUCCUGACCAGAAUCUUCUCCCAGCUCCAAGAGGCCCAUGAGGAGAAGAAUGAACUGGAGUGCGCCCUGAGAAAGAAAAUUGCUGCUUAUGAUGAAGAAAUCCAGCAUCUCUACGAGGAGAUGGAACAACAAAUCAAGAGUGAGAAGGAGCAGUUUCUCCUGAAAGACACAGAGCGGUUUCAGGCCCGCAGUCGGGAGCUGGAACAGAAGCUGGUAUCUAAGGAGCAGGAGCUGGAGCAGCUCAUCCAGAAGCAGAGACGGCUGGAAGGCCAGUGCAUAGCCCUGCAUAAUGACAAGCAUGAAACCAAGGCUGAGAAUACCAAGCUGAAACUCACGAACCAGGAGCUGGCCCGGGAGCUGGAGCGGACCUCCCGGGAGCUGCAGGAUGCCCAGCAGCAGCUGGAAAGCCUCCAGCAAGAGGCCUGCAAGCUCCACCAGGAGAAGGAGAUGGAAGUGUACCGCGUGACGGAGAGUCUGCAGCGGGAGAAGUCGGGGCUCCUGAAGCAGCUGGAUUUCCUGAGGGAAAGGAACAAGCACCUUCGAGAUGAGCGAGACAUAAGUUUUCAGAAGGAUAAGGCAGCCAAGGCAAACACAGCUGCUCCCAAGGCAAGCUGGAAACAGAGAUCUGGCUCUGUGAUAGGCAAAUAUAUGGACGGCAGAGGCAUUCUUAGAAGCCAGUCAGAGGAGGAAGAAGAUGUGUUUGGCAUUCCGAGGAGGAGAAGCUCCCUGGGCCUGAGUGGGUAUCUCCUUACAGAAGAGGAGGCAGGAACCAGGGAGCUGGGGUCUGGGGGUCCGCUCCACCGGGCGCUCCGCAGAAUUAUUUCCAUUGAAGAAGACCCCCUGCCCCAGCUCCUGGAUGGCGGCUUUGAGCAGCCGCUGAGCAGACGUGCAGAAGAGGGGGAGGCGUCGGGGCCGGCGGUGGAAGAACCCGCGCAGCAGGCCCGACCUGUGGACCCCACGCCCGCAUCUCCCCGAGGGCAGCCUGUUGGGAAAGAAGACCUGUCCAAGGAGGAAGGCUCUCUCUCCACCCCAGACCGGCUCUUCAAGAUUGUGUUUGUGGGCGACUCCGCCGUGGGGAAGACAUCCUUCCUGAGGCGGUUCUGCGAGGACCGGUUCUCCCCGGGCACGGCAGCCACUGUGGGCAUCGAUUACCGUGUGAAGACGGUGCGUGUGGAUGACUCUCAGGUGGCCCUGCAGCUGUGGGACACAGCCGGGCAGGAGAGGUAUCGCUGCAUCACCCAGCAGUUCUUCCGGAAGGCUGACGGGGUCAUCGUCAUGUACGACCUCACCGCCAGGCAGUCCUUCCUGUCGGUCCGGCAGUGGCUGAGCAGCGUGGAGGAAGCUGUGGGAGACUGCAUUCCUCUUCUUCUGCUGGGCAAUAAAAUUGACAACGAGAAAGAGCGGGAAGUCCCCCGAGGCCUCGGAGAGCAGCUCGCCAAGGAGAACAAUCUGAUCUUCUACGAAUGCAGUGCCUAUUCUGGCCACAACACCAGAGAGUCCCUGCUCCAUCUGGCCAGGAUCCUCAAGGAGCAAGAAGACACAGUGAGGGAGGACGCCAUGCAGGUUGACCGCCCUGCCAAGAAGAAACCCUGCUGUGGCUGAUAGGAAGCCUUGUAAGACUGCUCUGCCUGGGCCUGAGGCCACAGGACCUGCCUGAAUCCUGCACACAGGCUCCUGCGCAGACGCCCUCGCCAAGGCCAUCCCAGACCUUUGUCCUUGUCAGUGACUUGCCUCCCCCCAGAGGAGUGGAAGUACACCCAGUCAGGAGAGCUGCUCUCAGAGCACCUCAGAGUCUUUUCUCUCCCUCCUUUCUCUAGACCGCAGAUGCCCAUUCCUUUUUUUUCCCCAGCUUGAUGUCCUGGGGGGAAAGAAUCAGAUAGUCUUUUCCAGAAAAGCCACCAGUGCCUUUUCCACCUCCCUUCUCCCCCCUUGCCCUCAGGAGCUUCAGCUCUGCAGUUGUCAUGGCAACUGUGCAGGGCCGACUUGCUGCUUCCUGUAGGCCAAAGAUAGAGUGCUUGGGCCAGGGUGGUUGGUCUUCCUUUGGCUCCCGUUCUCUGGACGCCAAUGGGAUACUCUUGGCAUAUGCCUCAUGGACCUUGUGAUGCCUGCAUGGUGUUGAGAGAAGCAAAAAAGGGCACCCACACCCUCUGCCACCAUCCCCAGCCCAGGGCUCUGCUCCUCUCCAGGCUUCAGGGCCAGCCUUUCUCAGCAGCCACCCUACCCACUGUAUUUGCCCCCUCCGGUUAUCUGGAAUGGUCCCUUACAAAGAACCCACAGUCUGUCCUCUCUGCCACCAUGCACACCCGUGACUCCAAGGUGGACUGUCAGGGUGAGGAAUUUAUGCCUGGGGUUAGAGAGUGGGCUUACUUCCUACUUAACUUUGACUAAGAGAUGAAAAGAAAACGAGGGGAGAAAACCCAUCUGCUGCUAAGCCAUGCUACCAUUUCUGGAGGGUAUAAAUAAGGUAUAUAUAGCUAUGUAAAAGCCAUUUUCUAAAUGCUUCUCAAAAUAGCUCUUCGAAAACUGGUACAUGAUGAUUAACAGGGUAGGUUGACAUGCAGGCAGUGAGGCCCAAGACCAGGUCUGUAGUUACUGACUUCAUUUUAUUUUAUUUUACCUUUUUCCAGAAGACUGUAUUUAAAAAAAAGAAGCGUGGCUGUGAUGUUGACAUUUUGCUGGUGUUUGAGAAGUGAACAGAGUGUGGCUGCACCAGCACAGGGCCCUGGGUUAAGGGGAAGGACCUGGGCCCAUGUGUGGUUCCUUCCUCUUGGUGGUGGCAGCGGCCAGCCCCUGGCAGGGCUGCAGCAUCGCUGGCUGCUGCUGGGGAGCUGGCGAGGCACUCUUGCCCGCUGUGGGCGCUCGGAUGAAAAGAUCAUUAAGAUCACUGCCAAUUACCGUUCUAGCGCCACAGACCCAAGCCCAACAGGGAAGCAAGCGGUGUCCACACCCAAGGUGGGCACGCAGGAAGAGAGGGGCAGAAAGUGUCCACAGGCCUCUGAGAAGGUGAUUACGACAACUACACACAGUCAGCCAGGCAGGAGAGGAGCCCCUGGCCAGAGGUGUUCCCGGCGGCCUCCCCUCUAGACUCCCAAAAGGGUCGGAGCCCCCUGGGUCACCAGGCAAGUGUCUGCCUCCUUUUUGCAGACUUCUCUCUCUCAUCCAGCCUUCAUAGGGCGCCCAUGGCGGGUGCUAAACAGACACCAGCACUGAGCUCCAUGAUCUUGGACAAGCCAGCUUGCUCCCUGGGCCCCACUCUAUCGGUACAGUGAAGGGUGGGCUGUCUGAUGCUUCCAGCUCUUCCCGCUUAAAGUGCUUUUGAUGACACGUUCAUUUCCCACUUAACCUGGCCCCGGCCCCAGUCCAAGUUUGAGGGGAACUCCUUUCCCUAAGAGAGGGCACUGGCGAUGGUCUCAUUAGUGGGAUGGGUCACCCAGAAGUGGCCUUCCAAUAUCUGUUUCUGACAAGAAACAGAGAUGGCAAUAGAUUUAUGAGACAAGCAGGCUGUAUCAGGGAUUCCCCAAGCCCACAGAUGCCUUUGUCCCCAGUACCUCGUCCCUGGCUUGGGGCUGCAUCUUUCCAUUUAGGAAAAGUGCAUUCAGGGUUUCGAGCAGGGCGGGAUGAGCCUAGUGCCUGGCCUUCCAGCUUGCGGCGUAAAUCCCCACGAAUCCUCAAAGAUCCAGGCAGAGAAAGGGGGCAGGAGGGGCCUCUGCUGCUCCCUUCUGCAGUCCCGCUUGAAAGCAUCCGGAGGAUGGGGCCUUCAGAGAGACUCUGAGGAGCUCUGUGACCCCGGGUCCCAGACCCCUCCUCUCCCCCUUCCUCUCAAGCCACCAUGGUGAUCAGAGCCAGCUCCGUGGCUGUCAGUAUGGCCCAGAGCCUAGCAGAGUGCUGUCAGAAAAUCCUGGCUGCAGCCCAUUUACAUUGCUGUGACGAUCCCGAGCAAGUCACUUAAGCAGGUUUCAUAUUCGUCUGUAGACUGGAAGUUCCAACGUCCACCUCACAGGGACGUUGUAAGUAUUAAGUGAGAUAAUGUAUGUGAAGUACUUAGCAUGGUGCCCAGCACAUAGUAGGUACUAACAAGUAGGGGCUAUUUUCGUUGUCAACAUCCAGUUGCUGCCCAGACCGCCUGCCUUGCUUCAGUGUUCGAUUUAGAACCAGCAAGCACUUCCUAAGCGCCUGCCCAUUACUGGGCAUGCUCACAAACACUACCUCUUUCGAGGCCCAAUUGCCCAGCCCAUUUGCCUGCUCAUGAGCUUGUAUCUGGCUUUGCCUCUUGGCCCUGCUCUCCUCUGUUCCUGUGGGGUUCCUGGUUUUCCAGUCAGUGCUCCUGUCCUACCAGUGCCUGUGGUCUGUUCCAGCCCACAGUCCACUCUUCCCCCCUGCCCGUGGUUCUCCAUGACUCAGACAGCAGCGCAGACCUGGUGCCAGCUCCUGGGUAUUGACCUGUGUGAUCUGUGCUCACCGCCAUCCCUGGCCCCCACACUUGUGCUGACUCCCUGUGCUUCUUCUGGGGUCUGCUGCUGCCCUCAGCCCUGAGUUGCCAAACCAAUGCUGCAGUUGCUUGGCUCCUUGUCCAGCAUUCACAGCCCUUCACGGUCUCUCUGGGUCUCUGCUGUCCCUUGUGAUAGCCUAGCUUUCUCCCACCUCUCCCCAGCCUGUGCUCUUUCCCUAUUCUUAGUACCUCCACCCAAUCUCAGACUCCCCUCCUCCCUACCCUCCCCUGGCCCACUCCAGGCCAUACCUCUAUACUCCAUCAAAAAUGGCUCAACCCUUUGUCUCUGUCUCUAGUAGUCACUACUCCAAAGGAUCUGAAACCAAUUUCAGCUAAGGUGUUGAUGCAAAUGCUGGCUUCAGGGCUAUAUUUGCACUUUAACAAAAAACUCUAAGGGAGGCAGAACUGUAACCCAAAGGAAUGAAUGCCUACUGGUAGAAUAUUAAGCACCAUAAUGGAUCAUGGGGAUCAAAUAUUUAGGAUGGAGCUGCCUUCCCCUGUUCUCCUCUUAAAGACCUGUUUGCUCGUGUAUUUAGGGGCUCUAUUUCUAGAUUCACAUAUGUUGGUAAUUGUUAUGUCUUCUUGAUAAAUUGACCCUUUAUCAUUAUAAAGUGUCCUUCUUUGUCUUUAGUAGUGAUUUUUGUCUUAAAGUCUAUUUUGCCUAAUAUUCAUAUAGCCACUUCGUCUGUCUUUUGGUUGCUCUUUGCAUGGUAUAUCUUUUCUAUACUUUUACUUUCAACUUAUUUGUGCAUUUGAAUAUUGUGAGUCUGUUAUGGACAGCAUACGGUUGGAUUAUGUUUUUAAAUCUAUUCUUCCAAUCUCUGUCCUUUAAUUGGAAAGCAAUGUAAUGGACAAAGUAAGAUUUAUGUCUGCCAUCUUGCUAUUUCUUUUCCAUAUUUCAUGUCUUUUUCAUUCCUUUAUUCCUCUAUUACUUCCUUUUUUGUGUUAAAUAGAUAUUUUCUAGUGUACUAUUUGAAUUAUCUUGUUAUUUCAUUUACUAUUUUUUUUUUUACUUAUUUUCCUGGUAGUUGGUCUGGGAGUUACCAUUAAUAUCUGUUUAUAACAAUCUAGUUUAGAUUAAUACCAACUUAAUGUCAACAGUAUAAAAAACUUUGCCUCCUCCCUUAUUUUUAUUUUGUCACAAAUUACACCUUCAUAUGUUUUGUUCCAAUCAGUAGAUUUACAGUUAUUGUUUCAUGCAGCUGUCUUUUAAAUCAGAUUUUUUUUAAAAAAGGAGUUACAAAUGAAAAAUACAUUUACAUCGUCUUCUAUGUUUAAUCAUGUGAUUACUUUUACCAGGGCCCUUUAUCUCUUCAUGUUAAUUCAAGUUACUGUCUAGCGUCCUCUCAUUUAAGUAGUAUUUCUUAUAGGGCAGUUCUGUUAGAGACAACUCUCUGAGUUUUGCUUAUCAGGAAAAGUCUUAAUUUGUCUUUCAGUUUUGAAAGAUAGUUUUGCUAGACGUGGGACUUUUGAUUGAUAGAUUUUUUUCCCCCAUUAGUACUUUGAAUAUACCAUCCCACUUUUUCUGGCCUCUGUGGUUUCUGAUGAGAAAUCAGCUGUUAAUCUUAUUGAGGGUCCUUUGUAUGUGAUGAGUUGCUUCUCUCUUGCUGCUUUCAAAAGUCUUUAUCUUUGGCAUUCAGCAGUUUGAUCUUGAUGCGUCUAGCUAUAGAUCUCUUUGAGUGUAUCUGCUUGGAGUUCAUUGAGCUUCUUGGAUGUGUAGAUUAAUGGCUUUCACCAAAUUUGGGACAUUUUUGGUCAUUAUUCCUUUAAAUAUUCUUUCUGCCCCUUUCUCCCUCUUUUUUUCUUCUAGGACUCCUGUUGUGCAUAUGUUGGCAUGCUUGAUAGUAUCCCACAGGUUUCCAAGGCUCUGUUCAUUUUUCUUCAUUUUUUUUUCCUUGUGGUCCUCACACUGGAUGAUCUUUAUUUCCCUAUCUUCAAGUUCAUUGAUUCUUUCCUCUGCCUGCUCAAAUAUACUGCUAAGAACAUCUAGUGAGUUUUUCAUUUCCAUUAUUGUACUUUUCAACUCCAGAAUUUCUGUUUGGUUCCUUUCUAUAAUUUCUGUCUCCUUAUUGAUAUUCUCUGUUUGGUGAGAUAUUGUUCUCAUUCUUCCCGUUAGUUCUUUAGACAUGGUUUCCUUUAGGUCUUUGAACAUAUUUAAAAUAGCUGAUUUAAAGUUUCAAAGAGCUCACCUUGGUAGCCAUCUGCCCUGUGCACAAAUCAAGCUCCACUUGCCAUCCUUGCUUCCUUCCUUACAUUCCACACAACACACUCAGGACUCUGGUCUCAUUCCUUAGCCCCACUUCUAACCUCCUCAAAGUCUUUCCUGUCUUCUGGAUUAGAGGGGACGUGAAACUCAGAAGUCCUUCAGAUAUGAGAACCCUCCCCUCCACCUUGAGCUUCUGGAUGCCCUGCAGGAGAUGAGCUGGCUAAGGAGGUUUUCAGUUCCUUGGGGAAUUGAAGGGAGGCCAGAAAUCCUCAGGCAGCGUGGCCCGUCCUGCCAGGAAUCCAGACAUUUCACAAAGCUUCACUCAAAAGGGAUAGGUGGGGGAAGACUACAAAUCAGAAGCUUUUGGAAAAAAUAGUUUACUUCAAAAUAAUGGAAUCACAGUUCAUAAACCUACAAAAACCAAGACUUAAGUGGCCCAUUGCUGACUGGCCCUAGGAGUAGUGACAGCUCUCUCUCUAUCAUCCAGGAUAUAGAAAUUGGCUACACAAAUUUCAACCAAGUCCAUGGGGUUUUACUUUAUUGAUU